AGACAUGACACUUUUCAAGAAAUAGCCAAGGCUAGUGAGACAAAGAUGUAAAUGUAUGGGAGAAAACUAUCAAACUUAACGAAAUUUUACAGUCUAUUCGGUAAAGUUUAGCCUGCGUUCAGCCGGUAUAAUGAACGCGGGCUAGUAAACUUGUGUCCAUGUCUGGUAGACGCGUUAAAGUCAAAAUACUACAAACUAAUCAUAAGUGAAACAAUGCUUUCAAAAGUGCGGGACAAAACAGUUUUAUUUUAUCAUAAUCACGUAUCCUAAAAGUAUAACACGCAAGAACCGUAAAUUUGGCGGCAAGAUGACGUAGUGGUCCCUAUUCCCAAUGGGCAUCUCUAAUUGGGUGUUGCCAUGGAGUUUGGGUAUAUACAACUCGUAUUACCUACAUGAAUAAAUUAAAUCAUGAAGUGACCCUUUCGCACUUGAAUCUCAAUUUUGAUCAAUAAUUUUUCCAAAUUAAUUUAAUGGAGGUGGUAAAAGUUUCUUUUGGUUGUACAAAAUAGCUGUAAUUUAAAAAAUGGCGAAGGAUAGACAGUCAAAGGGGGAAAAAGUACGAGCAAAAUCGUACCGAAAUCCAAAUUUAUUAUCGCAUUACCACGAGUUAUCCACAAGAGUCUUUUAUAAUGGCGGAAGAGCGAAUGAAUACUUACAUAAUCUUUUCCUCAAAGCUGCAAAGAAUGGAGAAGAAGAAAGAAUACGAAAUUUUCUAGCUCGUUCAUCUAAAAAUUCUAACGUGAAUUUGAAUUACAAGGACAAGACCACUGGAAACACAGCUGUCGUUCUUGCAGCUUCGAGAAACCAUGUAAAUAUCGUUAAGAUGCUAUUAAACUAUGGCGCAGAUAUUACUUUACUUAAUGAUCAAGGGCAGUCAAUUUUUGACUUGGCUCCAGACUCUAUGAUUCCAAUGUUGCUUGCUUCUGUAGAAAGGCAAGGUACAUCUCAUCGGCAUUUGCUGCAAGCUGCCUGGCAAGGGAAUUUACAAAUACUUAGACAAUUACUUUCGUCACAGGCCAGUCUUGAUGUAAAUUGUAAAAAUGCUGAUGGAAUGACACCACUCCUCCUUGUAACUAGAGAUGUCAAUCUCUUUGAAAAAAUUGAGAAGAAUAUAGCAGAGAAGGGAUAUAAUCCUCUUGAAGUAGUCAAAGAAUUAUUACAACACAAAGCUGACUGUUCUAUUACUGCCAGUGAUGGUAAAAGUCCACUGCAUUACAUCACACACAACAUGGGACCUAAAGCAAAAGAUAUGGCCAACUUGAUUAUUGAGGAUACCAACUCCAAGUUAGAGUUGUCAGAUAAAUCCAACAAUCAUCCAAUUCACUUGGCAUCAAGAUAUGAUAACCGUCCAGUUCUUCUUGCACUGAUUAAUGGAGGUGCUGAUGUGAAUGCUAGGGGACAGCUUGGCCAGACACCUUUGCAUGUAGCUGCAGCCCAUGGACAUGAGAGGUGUUCUAGUGCUCUUCUCAGCAGUGGUGCUGAUGUUACGAUAGUAGAUGACCAGGGGUAUUCUCCAGUCGAUGUUUGUAAAAAUAGAAAAGUAAAAUUGGUUCUCAAAGAAGCUUGGGUGGAACAGACUAGGGAAGCCUCAUCCCAAUUAAGGUGCUCUUAUUCAGCUCCAACAGGACUUGUGAAUGAUGAAGUAAAUACAAUAAAAGAAAAUGUUCCAGAAUCUGUUUUGUCUCCAAGAGCCAAGAAACAGACUUCACCCAGAAAAAUUUCAGGAGACACCCUACUACCACCCACCUUUCAGGUGUUAGUAGGAGUGAUGAGAGGUGAGACAUUAUCAUGAUAAACAAUACGUACUGUAUGUGUGACAGAGUCAAAAGACACUAUUUUGGACAGUAAUUAUUUAGUCAUAAAUCUAUAUUUUUAAUUAGGAAUGCCUCGUGUACACAUAGGAAUGUAAUUCUUUAGUUAACUGUUUGCGUGGAAAAUGCGUAAGCAAGAAAUAAUUUCCGUACGUA